GAUAUAGUAUAUCGAUAGCCAUCCCUACAACUGACUCAGAUCGACUUGGUGGCUGACUUUUUCUACGAAAAUUUUGUUAAUACUACUACGUAAAUCAUUGGACUUAGCGUUACGCAAAACCAGACUAAAAAAAGUGCGGGCGACUAUAUAUACAUAUACAUAAACAAAGUGCAACGUGUGCAGCAGAAGCCGCAUAAGUAACACGCCCCAAUAGCAAAACAAAAGGUAGAGAGAGUGUACAAGAGAGAGGCGAGGAGAGGUCAGCAAACCCGCAAUUAAGAAAAAGUCGACACGUACAAGAGUUGAAACAGCAGCAGCAGCGGUCGCACCAACAAAAAUAGUAAACAUGUCAUCCGGCGAUUUUGGCAAUCCGUUGCGAAAAUUCAAAUUGGUGUUCCUCGGCGAGCAGAGUGUGGGGAAAACGUCGCUGAUUACACGGUUCAUGUAUGACAGUUUUGACAACACCUACCAGGCGACAAUUGGUAUUGAUUUUCUAUCUAAAACGAUGUACCUGGAGGAUCGGACUGUGCGACUGCAAUUAUGGGAUACGGCGGGUCAGGAGCGUUUCCGUUCGCUAAUUCCCUCCUAUAUACGCGACUCGACAGUCGCUGUGGUUGUCUACGAUAUCACGAACACAAACUCAUUCCAUCAGACCUCCAAGUGGAUCGAUGAUGUGCGCACGGAGCGUGGCAGUGAUGUCAUCAUCAUGCUGGUGGGCAACAAAACGGAUCUGUCAGACAAACGUCAAGUGUCCACCGAGGAGGGUGAGCGCAAGGCGAAAGAGCUAAAUGUGAUGUUCAUCGAGACCAGCGCCAAGGCCGGUUACAAUGUAAAACAAUUGUUUAGGCGCGUCGCGGCGGCGCUGCCCGGCAUGGACUCGACGGAGAACAAGCCAUCUGAGGAUAUGCAAGAGGUUGUGCUUAAAGAUUCACCCAAUGAGACUAAGGAUCCCGAAGGUGGCUGUGCCUGCUAGAACUGGGCACUUACCCAAUUACCCCUCAGCUCCCUCCCAACCACCACCACCACCACAAGCCUCCUACCCGCACAACCUACGCUACAACCUCGAACAGAUUCAAACAUUGACACACACGCUGGCGCGACGGGGUUUACACCAGGUGUAUGUGGUCAACAGGCUAAAGAUGAACAUGCAACAGAAAACAGAAACCAAGCUAAACAUGAGAUGCAGACAUACACACAAUUUUAUGUUUAAGUUUAUUUAUAAAAGAUAACUAAAAAAAAAGAGUAUAAAACAAAAUGAUAGCAAAACAUAAAUAGACUAAAAACUAAUUUAACGCAA